UAAGCAUCUAACACGGGUGCGUCCAUUUCCGGUGGGGUCGUAGAGGUUACGCUAACAGGGUCGCCACCGCUCCGGGCACGUCGCACGCAGCACCCCGAUAAACCGCCAACUGGGUCAUCCUUCCGCCAUAGCCCAGCGCCGCUGACACCUCCGCCGCUAAUUCCCGGCCUUCAUUGUUCCCUGCGACAGCCUCCAACAGCCAGUUCAUAACCAGCUUCAAUGUCGGCAUUUGGCAUAUCUACUACGGCAAAUACAAAUCCUAAUAAGUCCAGUGAGGUAGCGCAACCUCCCAGUGACUCAGUAUCAAGCCUCUGCUUUAGCCCCAAGGCAAACUUCUUGGUGGCUACAUCAUGGGACAAUCAGGUACGUUGUUGGGAAGUAAUGCAAAGUGGAAUGAAUAAUGGCACAACGCCAAAGGCAUCUAUAUCACAUGACCAACCGGUUUUGUGCUCCACGUGGAAGGAUGAUGGCACUACAGUCUUUUCUGGAGGCUGUGACAAGCUAGUAAAGAUGUGGCCACUCGCUACUAAUCAACCAGUAACUGUUGCCAUGCAUGAUGCUCCUGUGAAAGAGGUUGCUUGGAUUCCUGAGAUGAACCUUUUGGUCACUGGAAGCUGGGAUAAAACCCUGAGGUAUUGGGAUCUACGGCAGCCCAACCCAGCACAUGUCCAACAACUUCCUGAACGUUGUUAUGCACUUGCAGUGAAACAUCCUCUAAUGGUUGCGGGAACUGCCGACAGAAAUCUUAUAGUUUUUAAUUUGCAAAAUCCUCAGACAGAGUUCAAGAGGAUCAUGUCACCACUGAAGUACCAGACAAGGUGCUUGGCUGCAUUUCCUGAUAAACAAGGUUUCCUGGUUGGCUCAAUUGAGGGAAGGGUAGGAGUGCACCACAUUGAUGAUGCACAACAAGGCAAAAACUUUACUUUCAAAUGUCAUAGGGAGAACACUGACAUUUACUCUGUCAACUCACUGAAUUUCCAUCCAAUACAUGGCACAUUUGCUACUGCUGGGUCUGAUGGUGCCUUCAAUUUCUGGGACAAAGACAGCAAACAGAGGCUCAAGGCAAUGCAACGAUGCAAUCAGCCUAUACCCUGCAGCACAUUUAACCAUGAUGGCUCAUUAUAUGCAUACGCGGUCUGUUAUGAUUGGAGCAAGGGUGCAGAAAAUCAUAAUCCAGCAACAGCAAAGACUAGCAUUUUCCUGCACCUGCCACAGGAAGCCGAGGUGAAAGGAAAACCAAGGACAAACCGAAAAUGAUGAAGUGUCUGUCUUGCACACAUGUAUGACACAAAAACCAUUUCAUUAGAGAACAGCUGACCCAGAAAGUGUUUGGUCUCAUUUUUUGUUGUUGUUGCUAUUGGAGAAAACUGCAAGUUUUUUUAUAUGACACAUAGUAGUAGCAUUUUGUUUGUAGUAGCAGGCUAGCAGCUGCAGUGUUAUGGAAACAAAAGCUAAUCUGUCUUUGUUGGGGUUUUUCUUGCUUUCGCCCUUCUAAGUUUUCACAUUUACUCGCAAGACACGUAUUUCCCCAUUGUUCUUUCGAAUACAUACGUUGCUGUGGA